GCAGUUGCAUUUGGCCUCUUCGCCCACAUUGAAGUCAUUCAAUUUCGUCUGCUAAUACCCCGAGUGGCACGUACACACACAAACAGACACAUCCACGCACAGAGAGAGACAGAGAGAGAGAGAGAGGGAGAAACAGAGAGAAAGAGAGAGAGAGUGAGGUAGAGAGUACGCUGGCUGCAAUACCACUAAAUCCUUGAUCCCUGAUAUCCUGCAUAUCACGUGCUUCCGGAGCUUACCGCUACUUUGGACUCCUGACUUGACUUACGUUGCAGAUUGACCAGCAGCUGUGCGGCAUCAUGUUCCUGCGUGCCACUAUUAACAUUUUUUGCAUUUUAUUGCUCUGCUCUGUGCUGAUGGGGCGUGGCACUCGGGCAGUUGAACUGCGUCGUGAUGAAACGUAUCCUCCGCCGGAGCUGCUAAAGGCUUUGGCACCUGUACACGAUACCUGCGUUGCCAAGACGGGCGUGACCGAAGCGGCAAUUAAGGAGUUCAGCGAUGGCGAGGUGCACGAGGACGAGAAGCUGAAAUGCUACAUGUACUGUGUGUUCGACGAGACGGAUGUCCUGCACGAGGAUGGCGAGGUGCAUCUGGAGAAGUUGCUGGACCGUUUGGACUCGAUGCACGACAUUGCGAUUAACAUGGGCAAACGGUGUCUCUACCCCAAGGGGGACACGAAAUGUGAGCGAGCCUUUUGGCUGCACCGCUGCUGGAAGCAGGCGGAUCCCAAGCAUUACUUUCUCAUCUGAGCGUUGAGGGGCGGACAGAGACGAGCGUGAUCCCUGCUAAGGUUUAUGACGGCUUGUGAUUUAUGUUUUUAUUUUAUUCUGUGUUGUAGUUUCAUUCCACAUCCACAUUUUACAUUCAACAAAUAGAGUUUCGGCGAGCAUUCCAAAAACCCAAAAAAAAUAAAUAAAAACAAAAAAAUUAUAUGAAAACUAGAAA